AGUGUCAAUUGGAAAUGGCCAAAAUCAAGAUACUUUCGUAGGAAAAAUAAAACGUAUGAAGUUAAAUUAAAAAAGAAACGUUGUCAACAUUAUUCAAAGCCAUACAUGUUUUGUGAAUUAUCCGAGGGUAUACCGUUGAAUAAACCAGAAAUGGAAAAUCCAAAUGAAGAGAAACUAGAACAAACAGUGAAAAAACCAUCAGAGAAAAUCGAUAUUUAUUAUUUUGAUCAUGGAAAUUCAGCAUUUUAUCGAACAACUGAUUCACCGCCAAUAUUGGCUACAGAAAAAUGUGCAGAUAAAACGGAAAAUGCGGCAACUCGCUUUUGGGCUGAAAUUUUUGCUGUUGCGCACAUUGGUUGCGCAUUUUUAACGGCCUUUAUUCUUCAAUUCAUUCGUUUUAUACUCUACAGUACAAUACGGCCAUUAACAGUGGGAAUUUUACAAAUGUUCGCUGACUAUUUCAUAAAACCAUUAUUAUCAAUAUUAUUUAAUGCAAUAAUACAACCAUUUUUGAUACUCUUGUAUAAUGUGGCGACAUCAUUGAAAGAUCUCUGCGAACCAAUUGCCGAAGCGACGGGAUUAUUUCUCAGGGAGGCUGCAAAUUUUUUCCGAGCAUUUAGAAUUGUGGAAAUUAAUCAGAAUAUUGAAAAAGGAGAUAAAAAUGUCCCAACUGCUUGUACUUGAUUUUGAAAAAGAAAUUUUUUUUUCACUGCGAAAGAAAAAUAAGAAAUAAUUGUAAGUUGUGUAUUAUUUAUUUUUGAUAUUUUAUUUUCUGGCGGGAAUAUUUUUAACGUUUUCCUGUAAAACGGGACUUUACGCGACAAAAAAAUUAUAGGUUAUGUUAAG